UCAUGAAGCAACUUCUGCCCCACACAGCACGACGGGAGCACUUGGACUGCAACACCAUUGGGAACAGGUAGCAUGGUGCUCCUGCUCAGUGUCAUCCUGACCUUGGGGGUGUCCUGGACUCAUGCACAAGAAAUUACAUGCGACCAACCCUAUAUUCGAAACGGUUAUUACAGUCCUCAAAGGCCAAAAUACAGACUUGGAAAUACAAUCACAUACCAGUGUAAAAGCGGCUUUUACCCUGCAACCCGAGGGACCACGGCAAGAUGCACUAAUAUAGGCUGGGAGCCCCAUCCAAGAUGCAGCUUUGAACCCUGCCAUUUUCCAGAAAUAAAACAUGGAAGCCUACAUAAUGCAGACAGAUAUAAACCAUACUUCCCAGUAGCUGUAGGAAAGUGGUAUUACUAUUCCUGUAAUGCCAACUUUGUGACUCCUUCACAAUCAUCCUGGGACUACAUUAAUUGCACACGAGAAGGAUGGUCCCCAGCAGUACCCUGUCGCAGACAAUGUAUCUUCAGGUAUGUGCUAAAUGGAUAUUCCCCACGUUAUGAAAGAAAGUAUUUACAGGGUGAAUCUGUAAGAGUUGACUGCCAUCCCGGCUACAGCCUCCCCAAUCAGCAGACCACAAUGACAUGCACGGAGGAUGGCUGGUCCCCUCCACCCACAUGCAUCCGUGUCAAAACAUGUUCAACAUCAGACCUAGAAAUUCCAAAUGGAUUUGUUUCUGAAUCUGAGCCUACAUAUCCCUUAUAUAAACAAGUACAAUAUAAGUGCAAACAAGGAUAUGUGACAGCAGAUGGUGAAACCACAGGGUUGAUUACAUGUCAGCAACAUGGAUGGUCCGCUCAGCCCACGUGCAUUAAAUACUGUGGUAUGCCGGUGUUCGCGAAUGCCACAGCUGUCAUUACUGGCUCACGGUUAGUAAUCAAUGACACAUUAGACUAUAAAUGCUUGGAUGGAUAUGAAAACCGAGAUGGAAACAAAAUAGGGUCCAUGGUAUGUGAUGAGGACGGCUGGACCCACUUGCCUACAUGCUACAAAUCUACAGAAAAGUGUGAACGUCCUCCAUCCAUUAGCAAUGGAGACAUCACCUCCUUCCCAUUUGCAGUGUAUCUUCCGGGCUCAAGAGUUAAAUAUCAAUGCCAAGCCUACUACGAACUCCAGGGUUCUAAAUACGUAACAUGUAAUGAAGGAAAGUGGUCAGAACCACCAAGGUGUAUAGAUCCAUGUGUAAUAUCUGAACAAAACAUGAAUAGAAAUAACAUACAAUUAAAAGGGAAAGAUGACACAACGUACUAUGUAAAAACCGGGGAUCUCAUUGAAUUUGUGUGUAAAUCGGGACACACUGCAGCUACAUCACAGCAAUCGUUUCAAGUAGUGUGUGGAGAAGGGACACUGGAGUACCCCAGAUGUGAAUAAAGAAGCAGUUACCCCACAUAUCCGGCCUCUUCCAUCUACUGCGCUUACUGUCUGAGCUGCUAAGAAAGCUUCUGAUAGCAUGCUGCUAUGUCCUACUUUACUUCAAAGAAAAUACAAAUAAUACGGUAGUCUCAAUUUUCAACUUAUCUUCCCACAAAUGUGUCAAAAAAAACUAUACCAUCCCUUACACUUGUACUAAGAUGAUAGUUAUUUUCCAGUCCCAGGUAUUAGACUACUUACCAAUAUAUUAAUAAACACACAAAUAUGCUAAUUAUGUGCUUUCUGCAUAUUUAACAAAGUGUGUAAACAUUCAAACAAAAUAAGUGAGCCUAGAUUUAUUGGGGGAAAUGAUUCAAUCAUAAAAUUAGAUAUUAAAAUAGAAAGUGAAAACAAUAGCAUUACAAAUUUUCUGGAUGAAUCUCUGGAUGAAGAAAUGACAUUGUGAGGAAUAAAGGGAAGUUUCAUUCUUUA